CCGACCACAGUACCAAUGACAACAACUGCGAGUGUGAAUGUAACAGAUAACGCCACUGUAACAGAAAUACCGAUCACAGUACCAAUGACAACAACUGCAAGUGUGAAUGUAACAGAUAACGCCACUGUAACAGAAAUACCGAUCACAGUACCAAUGACAACAACUACAAGUAUAUAUGUAACAUAUAACACCACUGUAACAUAUAACACCACUGCAACAGAAAUACCGACCUCAGUACCAAUGUCAACAACUGUAAAUGUGAAUGUAAGAGAUACCACCACUGUAACAGAUACAUCAACCACAUAUCCAUUGACAACAACUGCUAGUGUGAAUGAAACAGACAACACCAAUGUCACAGAUACACCGAAUACAGUACCAAUGACAACUACUGCGAGUGUGAAUGUAACUGGGAACGUUAAUAAAACGGAUACUACCACUGUAACAGAUACAACGACCACCAAAGUUCCAAUCACAACAACCGGGAACGUAAAUAAAACAGAUACUACCACUGUAACAGAUACAACGACCACCAUGGUUCCAAUCACAACAACCGGGAACGUAAAUAAAACAGAUACUACCACUGUAACAGAUACAACGACCACCAUGGUUCCAAUCACAACAACUGGGAACGUAAAUAAAACAGAUACUACCACUGUAACAGAUACAACGACCACCAAAGUUCCAAUCACAACAACCGGGAACGUAAAUAAAACAGAUACUACCACUGUAACAGAUACAACGACCACCAUGGUUCCAAUCACAACAACCGGGAACGUAAAUAAAACAGAUACUACCACUGUAACAGAUACAACGACCACCAAAGUUCCAAUCACAACAACUGGGAACGUAAAUAAAACAGAUACUACCACUGUAACAGAUACAACGACCACCAAAGUUCCAAUCACAACAACUGGGAACGUAAAUAAAACAGAUACUACCACUGUAACAGAUACAACGACCACCAAAGUUCCAAUAACAACAAUUACCAAGUUUCCAAUCACAACAACUGGGAACGUAAAUAAAACGGAUACUACAACUGUACCAGAUACAACGACCACCAUGGUGCCAAUCACGACAACUGGGGACGUGAAGAAAACUGAUACUACCACUGUACCAGAUACAACGACCACCAUGGUUCCAAUCACGACAACUGGUGCCGUGAAAAAAACGGAUACUGCAACUGUACCAGAUACAACGACCACCAUACUUUCAAUCACGACUCCUGGGAAAGUACAUAAAACGGAUACUAUCACUGUUCCAAAUACAACGACUACCAUGGUUCCAACAACUGGGAACGUAAAUAAAACGGAUACUACAAAUGUAGCAGAUACAACGACCACCAAAGUUCCAAUCACGACAACUGCAAACGUGAAGAAAACGUUUACUACCACUGUAACAGAUACAACGACCACCAAGGUUCCAAUCACAACAUCUGGGAACGUGAAUAAAAAAGAAACUACCACUGUACCAGAUACAACGACCACCAUGGUGCCAAUCACGACAACUGCGGACGUGAAAAAAACGGAUACUUCCACUGUACCAGAUACAACGACCACCAUGGUUCCAAUCACGACAACUGGUGCCGUGAAGAAAACGGAUACUACCACUGUACCAGGUACAACGACCACCAUGGUUCCAAUCACGCCAACUGGGGCCGUGAAGAAAACGGAUACUACCACUGUACCAGGUACAACGACCACCAUGGUUCCAAUCACGCCAACUGGUGCCGUGAAGAAAACGGAUACUACCACUGUGCCAGGUACAACGACCACCAUGGUGCCAAUCACGACAACUGGGGACGUGAAGAAAACGGAAAUUACCACUGUACCAGAUACAACGACCACCAUGGUUCCAAUCACGACAACUGGGAACGUAAAUAAAACAGAUACUACCACUGUUCCAGAUACAACGACCACCAUGGUUCCAAUCACAACAACUUGGGACGUGAAGAAAACGGAUACUACCACUGUUCCAGAUACAACGACCACCAUGGUUCAAAUCACAACAACUUGGGACGUGAAGAAAACGGAUACUACCACUGUACCAGGUACAACGACCACCAUUCUUCCAAUCACAACAACGGGGGACGUGAAGAAAACGGAUACUACCACUGUACCAGAUACAAGGACCACCAUUGUUCCAUUCACAACAUCUGGGGACGUGAAGAAAACGGAUACUACCACUGUACCAGAUACAAGGACCACCAUUGUUUCAUUCACAACAUCUGGGGACGUGAAGAAAACGGAUACUACCACUGUACCAGAUACAAGGACCACCAUUGUUUCAUUCACAACAUCUGGGGACGUGAAAAAAACGGGUACUACCACUGUACCAGAUACAACGACCACAAAGGUUCCAAUCACAACAUCUGGGAACGUAAAUAAAAUGGAUUCUACUAUUGUACCAGUUACAACGACUGCCAUGGUUCCAAUUACGACAACUGGGGACGCGAAUAAAACGGAUACCACUACUGUACCAGAUACAACGACUGCCAUGGUUCCAAUCACGACAACUGGGGACGCGAAUAAAACGGAUACUACCACUGUACCAGAUACAAGGACUACCCAGGUUCCAAUCACAACAACUUGGGACGCGAAUAAAAUGGAUACUACCACUGUAUCAGAUACAACGACCACAAAGGUUCCAAUCACUACGACUGGGGACGCGUAUAGAACGGAUACUACCACUGUAGCAGACACAGCGACCACAAAGGAUCCAAUCACAACUGGUUGUGCGAAUAAAAGUGAAAAUAACACCGCAAUAACUAUGACUAAUUCACAAAUAUUGACUUCCACACCACCAACUGUCACUACAGAAACUGUGACUUCAAAACUGGUGACAACUCCGACUCCAUCGGCCAUUCUUGUACCAACGACUCAUUUUCCAACUGUUAAACCAAGUUUAGAAAGCGCAGUGGUCGUGUUCAACUUCACAUUGGUGAUCCAAACUCCCUUCAAAGUGCCGCUGGAUGACUUUAAAAGCCAAUUCAGGGACUUGCUUAUGAGGACAAUGUUUAACAACAUUAAAGACGUUAACUACACUGUCACUUACAGCGAAGGAAGUAUACGGUGUAACAUAGAGACGACAGUGCCACAAGAGAAACCAGGGAUCGCACAUGAGACUGUGAAGGCACUGGAGGAUAUCCGAAACAAUACUUACGUCACACGUGACGUCAUUGCCACCAAUCUGAGACAACUUGUUUUCGAGCAUUUUCAUAGCAACGUCAGCGGAAGUGAUAUUGGCGUCGAUGAGUUGGUGCAAGAGAUUGCAGGAAAGAACGAGGCGUACCAACAGUCUUCCGAUCCCUGUUCCUACUUCCGGGCAGACGUGUGCCCGACUGCCGCCUACUAUUUUACGUGCACGAUGAAUGCCACACCUUCGUGCAACCACAAGUGUGAAGGACUGAAUGGGCAGGGCUUAUGUGGGGAUCAUGGCACGUGCUUCUUUGAUCUCCAAAACUAUGCACUGGCAUGCAAGUGCGAUGUGACGUCAUGGCACGUGUAUCACGGUGCGAGCUGUGAACAGACGACAGCGACACUUUGGUUCGUGUUGGCUGUAUCUCUAGGAACCGGAUGUGCACUGCUGCUCAUUCUGGCAGCCAUUAUUAUCUGGCUCUGCAUCCGCCGCCGACGGGAUAAACAGAAGCAUGACAUCAGUCGGUACGAUGACUCAACCUGGGAACUUCCGGGGUCCGGAGGGAUCGGGACGCUUAGGGAUCUCAGUUUCCGGUCACAACCCGACAAGACGAGCCCUUUUUAUGGCCGCUACCACCGGCAACCAGGACAUGUCAAUCAGGCAUUCGAGCCGGUGUUUAGUGGAAAUGGAUUACGGGGGGCGGGCAUGUACUUCCCGACAGAACCGGAAGUUGACGCCGCGAGCAUGCCCUCUUUCCUUCGCAUCAACACCGCUGCCGACUAUUCCAUACAACGACCGGCCAUUUCGUACAAACCAUUGAACGUCUACAGAAACCUCUACUCAGAUACAUAUGACACAGAGUUUCCGACAGAUAGACGCUUAUAGCCUUCAGCUCCUCUCAUGGACAUGAGAACAGUGCUAUAGUCGCCAUGACACCGGAAAUUAAAUAUAGGUUGCGCGCGCAAACCCAGCUGGACUGAGCAUGCGCAGACAUAUCAUAGUGCUUUGUCCCAUUUUGUGCCAUUUUUCGUUGACAUCAUUGUCACAUUUUCAUGACAUUUCGUUUAGCUAAUUUCGUUGAAAUGGUUAUGUGUUCAAUUACAUUCCAUUAGUAUUGUUAAUGUUCUAUUGUGUUUAUGAAUACUAUAAUAAAAUAUACAUGUA